AAAUGAAGCAAACCAAACGUAAUAGAGAGCGGCCUGGCACUGCUAAACAGCCAUCUUUCAGCUUCACCAUUAAAAUGCUUGAAAAUACAUCACCCAUGAGACAGAAUAUUGGAGGGAACAGGCUGAGACUAAGCCAAGGGGUCACAAAGAAGGAAGCUAAAACUCAAUCUCUGAGGAAUAGUGAGAGUCCGAGAAAUUCCAAGUUCAUGCCGAUAAAGAUUCAAAAUAUGGACUUUACAACAUCAAAUCAAGAACAGCCUAAGAAAUUCUACUCGAACAAAACUUCAACAUUCCUCAAGGAUCCAAAGAAGGGAUUUUACAGAGUGAACCAUAACUUGCUAAACAAAGAUCUCUCCAUUGAUACAAAUAAUGAGGGAUUAGCUCCUAAUGAAUUUUUCCCAAACGAGACUCAAAUACAGCCAAUAACUGAUUACCAAGCUCCUGGAAGGCGGAACCAACCAAUUCUUGGCAGAUUAAAGAAUCACUUGAGAGGUUCCUUCACUGCUCGAAAGUAUUUCAGUGGGCUUGCUCGCAACAGCACCAACACUAGUACGUCUAAAUAACCAAAAGAAGCUAAAUGGCUCAGUUUCAAUGAAAUAAUAAGUGUAAAAGAGGAAGGCAUCAGAACAAUGGGCAUAAAAUAUAUAUCAGGAAAUCCAAAAUGAAUCCAUUCAUCAGCACUAAGAAAAAGUCAAAACCCAGAAUAAAAGUAGAAACAAAAAAUUUCACCAAACCAAGAAACUCAGAUAGUCAAAUCUCUGUUGGUUUUGAUAAGCACACUGAUGAUAAGAUGCUCUGAAGAUCAAAUAGGCUCCUUUAUAGAAUGUUUAACCCUCCAAAGAAGAUAUGCCGCAAAUCAAGAUUUAAAACCCGAAUUCAGAAGCAGAAUAUGCUUUCUUUUAACCAAACCCAGACCAUGAAGAGGAAGAAGAAGAUCAAUCUAAAUGCAACCCAAGUUAUAAAGAACAAGCAGAUAUUUUCAGCGCAAAGGUCUAAAUCAAAGAAGAAAUUUCAGGACAUCUUAGAUGACCCAAAAGAUAGAAAAUUUAUGCUUCGAGGAGCUCAAUAUAGAAAAAUGCUAAGAGAAAGAAGCAAGGAGUACCCCCAAAACCCAGGCGAACAAAUAGAUAUAAAGCUGAAGCCCUCCAGAAGAAGUCAGCGCUUGUGCAGGAAAUAAGGAUACUGAUGACUCUAAUCUAAAGGAAGUGUACCUUGAGAAGAUCGGGACACGAGAGAUUAAGCCUAUUCUCAGUCCUCGGAGAGAGGACCAAAAGGACUCCAAGAGUUUCAAUAGCUUUGAUAGCCCUAGUGUUAAAGGUGAAGAAAGUAAGCUAGCCAAGAAGGAAAGUGCUUAUAAUACGCAGAACUUAGACCUAUUCAAAGUUAAAUUUGAUGUUUCUAUUAAUAAACGAUCAGAGAAUUUAGAGACCAAGGAACUUGAUAGUUCACAGACCAGAAGAGGCCUGAAUACAAUCGAUUAUUCUUCAAUAGCAGCAUCAAACCUUUGUAAAGUGAAGCAGAGGUUUAGAGGUCGAGUGAAAUCAAACUCAAAAUCUAAUGCUGAUUUGUCAGAUGUUAAUUAAUUUAAAAAUUU